CUGCUGCAUUCCAGAAGGACUGCAGAACCAUGCCUGUGUGAACAAGACCUGCAGCUGGGGAGACAGAAAGGAGACAAAUUAACCGUGAUUGUUCCCUGUUUCCUAUCCUGCGCUCGCCAUGGCCUUCAAGACAGAGCAAGUGCCGGGAGCCGCAUGCUCUCUUUACACCAGCUUGUGGGAUUUUCAAGCCCGGACUGAAACGGAGUUGACUUUUCAAGCAGGGGACCUGUUCCAGGUGAUUCAGAAGACCGGGGAAUGGUGCUGGGCCAAGCAGGUGGAUACUGUGGAGGGAAGAUACGAAGAAGGCUACGUCCCCUACAGCUAUCUCGCCAAGAAAGAGACGGUAGAGACGGAGCCAUGGUUUUUUGGGCAGAUCUCCCGUUCCGAAGCGGUGCUUCGGCUGAUGUCCAAAGAGAAUAACUCUGGAGCUUUCCUGGUUCGUAUCAGCGAGAAAAUCGGAGCAGAUUUCGUACUUUCAGUCCGCGAUGGCAACCUGGCCAGGCAUUAUAGGAUCUUGCGGAACGGCGACGGGAGAUUCUACAUGAACGGGACAAGGACGUUCCCCGACUUGCUCACCCUGGUUACGUGCUAUAAGGAAAAGGUUCUUGCGCAUGGCUUCAGGCUUCUAGCACCCUGCUACAAGCCGCAGCCAAAGGCCAUGCCCCACUGGGACGAUUGGGAGAGACCCAAAGACGAAUUCCGACUGAUCCGGAAGUUGGACGCCGGCUACUUUGGAGAAGUCUACGAGGGACUUUGGAAAGAGAAAGUGAAAGUUGCGGUGAAGGUGUUACACAGAGCCGAUCUGACGUGCCAGGACACCUUCAAAAAUGAGAUUGAGGCCCUGAGGCUGUUGAAACACAAAAACAUUCUCUCCCUCUACGCCAUCUGCUCUGGCGGGGAUCCAGUCUAUAUCAUCACCGAAAUCAUGAGCAAAGGGAACCUGCUCACCUUCCUUAGAGGUCCAGAGGGGCAACAGAUGGAGAUGGCGGAGCUAGUCAGCUUGGCCACCCAGGUGGCCGAAGGGAUGAGCUACCUGGAAUCGCAGAAUUUCAUCCAUCGAGAUUUGGCUGCCAGGAACGUCCUGGUGGGAGAAAGCAACAUCUGCAAAGUGGGAGAUUUCGGCAUGGCCAGGCUGAUCGAGGAAGAUAUUUACCUCUCUUACUCACACAGUGUGCCUUACAAAUGGACCGCACCGGAAGCCCUUUCCUGUGGAUGCUACUCCAUCAAAUCUGACGUGUGGUCCUUCGGCAUCCUCCUUUACGAAGUCAUGACUCGGGGGCAGAACCCGUAUCCAGGCAUGAGUAACUGCGAGGUCUCCACCCAGGUUCAAAAUGGUUUCCAGAUGCACCGCCCGGCCAGGUGCCCCCCUGUCAUGUACUUCAUCAUGUGUAAAUGCUGGAACCUGGAUCCCAAUCAAAGGCCGGACUUCCAGAAUAUCAGAGAACUCCUCCGGAAUUUCACCAGCUAUGAAAACUUUGAAGCCUUCUCUUAAACUGCCCUUCAAUGAUUGGGGAGAAGUUGUUUCCCCGACACACAGUUACCUGCCUAUGAUAGAGGAGCAGAUCAAGGUGAUUGACAAAUUAUUGCACAAUCAGCCAUGCUGGGAAGGAAAAGAUGUAGAUUUAACCAAAAGGCAAAAUAAGGACUUUGAAUCUCGAAUUAAAGAGAAAUUUCCUAAAGGGGAGAGUAAUCAACCAAUGGAAAAAAAUUGCCUUCAGAAGUGGUGUGAACUUCAUCACUGGAAGCUUUCAAGAAAAGACUGGACUGUCACUUGUCAGAAAUGGUAUAGGGCAGUGAUGACGAACCUUUUAGAGACUGAGUGCC